AUGGAUAAUAUAUGGCUGAAAAGAAUUAUGCCUAUGUUGGUAAUCACUUUGACGAUAAUUGCUAUGAUAUUCUUUGGAGGCACUUAUAUGCGGGUGGCUAAUAAUGGUUAUCAGCCGGUUUAUAAUACCUUAACAGAUGAGCUGAUAGUGGUAACUAAAAAGUUAUAUGAUGUUCAAGAUGAACCUAACUUAGUUGCUGUCGUAUUGGAGGAAAUGCAUUACGAAACGUUGUUUCGACUAGAGACUAGCUCAGGUGGAAAAAGGCAAGAAUGUUAUCUAUCAUCGUUUAUAAUGGCUUUUGCUGUUAUCAGUACUUUAGGCGAUUACCGAACCGAUGACUCUUCUAUGAUUUUCUAUUUUCCGUAUAAUAUUAUCUGUGGUCUCCUGUACAUGUUGCUGGUUGCACUACUAACGAGAAGCUUGACACGGUUGUUUGACGAUUUGUUCGGUAGUCUUUUCAAGUCUAUUGAGUUUUUAAGUAAAGGAGUGGGGGCUGCAAGCAGCGGGCUGAUAAAUGACACUGACAGGAAAAGGCUUGGAACCUCAAGUGAUGCCUUCAGCCCAGAAUACUUUUACUUGCAUCUGAAAAAACAAAGAGCGAAAAAAUGCAGUGCUGAUACUGAUGUUGCUUUUGGAGGCAAUAAAAGAGAGUUAUUUGCUGCCGAAGUUCGCGAUCUGAACGACGUUUCUCAACCAGCUUGUGCUAUGCUUCUUAUUGCCCUGUUGACGUUAUUCUUCCUUGGCGUGGCGUGGUUUCUGAUUGUCCCUCAAAAUACAACUCUCCUCCUCUCGGUUUUGCAACAGUACAGCCUAGCUUUUACUAUAACAAUGCCAGACUUCGUUUAUCUUUACAACCCGGAAUGGACAACUCUGAUCUAUUUUCUGCUGAAUUUUUACAUUGGCAACAUAGUGAUGACGGCAGUGAUCGCUCGUAUUGGGAUUGCAUUUUCUGAUUAUUUGAACGAGGUAGUGAAGAAGAGCCCACCAAGAAACUAUCAAGACGAAUUUAACAUUAAUCCGUUCUGGAUCGACUAUAGUUCGUAUGAGGAGAGAAUGAAACGAAUUUAUCCUUUUGUUGAUUUGACUCUCAACAAAAAUUCGCAGAAGAAACAAAAAAAAAAGAAACCCGUGAAAAAAAAACCUGCUGAAGAGGAAGAAAAUGAGAGAGCCGUGAAGGCCAAAGCUGCAUGA